AUGGCGGAAAUGCUCCUGAAGGCACAGAAGUACAUGAAUGCUGAAGAUUCUUUAGCUGCCAUAAAGGGUGUCGAGAAGCCAGGCGACAAGGCCAAGAGGGAAGACGACCGUAGGGGGCAGAAGAGAGAUCGACUAGAUCGUCGGAACAAUGACGGGAACAGGAGGAAAGAUGAUAAAAGUCCUCGGACGGAAAGAUUUACUCCCUUGAACAAGUACUAUCGGUUCCACAAAGAUCACGGCCACAACAUAGAAGAUUGCAGAGACCUAAAGGAGCAAAUAGAGGAAUUAAUACGGAAAGGGAAGUUACAGAAAUAUGUGAAGAAAGGAGAAUAUAGCAAGUUCAGGGACGACAAUAAAAUCCAGCAUGAAUCCUUCUCCCGGGAUGACGACCGUCCGUCCCAGCCUCCACACAAGGUGAUCGGGGAGAUAAACACGAUUACAGGAGGGCCGUUUUCAGGAGGGUCAUUUAAAUCACUCAAAAAGGCAUACCAGAGAAAGGUGAACAGUGUCCACGCCAUACCUCCGUCCAACCACCGACGAACAUUCCAGGACAUAUCCUUCAGUGAAGGAGACGCCAUGGGAGUGAAGCAGCCCCACAACGAUCCCUUCGUUAUAAUGCUGAAUAUAGAAGGGUUCAAUACUAAGAGGAUCCUCGUCGAUAAUGGCAGCUCCGUGGACAUCAUCUACCUCCCAGCCUUCCAGCAGCUGAGACUAGAUCCGAAAAGACUGCUCCCUUUUGACUAUCCACUCGUCAGCUUUAGCGGGGACAGGGUCUACCCCAGGGGUAUAGUGACAUUGACGGUGACGGCGGGGACCUACCCAGUGCAGUUGACCCGACAAGUAGACUUCUUGGUGGUAGAUUGUCCCUCAUCCUACAAUGUCAUCGUUGGAAGGCCCACGCUCAACAAGUGGAAAGCGACGACGUCAACUUACUGUUUGAAGGUAAAAUUCCCAAUAGAUAAUGGUGUCGGUGAAGUGAAAGGAGAUCAAGUCCUAGCAAGAGAAUGCUAUCAAGCCGUCCUGGCUGGGAAGGAAAACCACACAUGGAUGAUUGAAGAAAAGGAAGAAGAUAGGAUAGAGGCCCUGGAGACGGUAGAAUUGGUAGAAGGAGAAGCGAGCAAGACGACCAAGAUAGGAACGACGUUGAGCCCCGAGAUGAGAACAAAACUCAUAAGGUUCCUUAAAGAGAAUCUAGAUGUUUUCGCAUGGAGCCACGAGGACAUGCCGGGCAUAUCUCUAGAAGUCAUCCAGCAUAAGUUGAAUGUGGACCCAGAACAGAAACCCGUCCAGCAAUGA